AUGAAGCUUCUUUUCUUGUUUCUUGCCAUCCUUCUGGCCAGGGAACCAGUGGUGUCAGCACAAUGUUGGAAGGAUGGACACUGCCGGCUGGUGUGCAGGGAUAAUGAAGACAGUGUCAUACGCUGUGCAAAUCGUAAGCGGUGCUGCGUCCCCAGUGGUUACCUAACAAUCCAGCCGGUAACAAUCCAUGGAGUCCUCAAUUGGACCACUCCGCAGAUGCCCACCACAGCCCAGAAGAAGAAGAAGAAGAGACAAAGAACCCAUGGAUAG